CCCAUCUCUCGUCCUCAGAGAGCCCUAGCGCCAAAGGUGUAAUCCCGGAGACUCGGUCCUGGUUAUAUCCCCCGUCCCCCUCCCAUUACUAAUCCUUCUCUUCUCGUUCCGUCGCUGGAUCCGAGAAGAUCUUCGUUUCACCUCCUCCCCUACAUUCUGCUCUUGAGCCGUUUUUUUUUUUUUUGUUAUUUCUCCAUUUCAUCUGCACUAUAUUUCGAUCGGCUUCCUCACUUUGUCCAUUCUCUCUCCCCCAUUUCCAUCUCGAGGAGUCUAUACGUACAUAUCUUCAGCAUUCUACCCGUUUCCUCUUGGCUCGUCCAGAUUCUAAGCAGGCAACGGAUCAGAGCCCUGCAUCUCCCAUCGAAAACUCACUGUUUCUCGAUUCUGUGCACCAAGAGUCCGCAAUCUCUCUCCGGCAUCAGGUUUUGAUACUCACUCUGCGUAAUUCCCCUUUUGUACCAAAGCCAUCAUCAUGACUUCCUGGGCCCAGAUGGUGAAGCAACCUGCUUCCAACCCGUCCCCUCAGCAGCAGCCUGCCGUGUCCGUCAACUCGCCCACCGCCUCCAUCUCGCAGGCCGCUCCGUCCAAGCCGGCGGCGGCUCCCGCUUCUCGGCCUGGAUCGGCCCUUUCGCACACCUCGAGCCCGCAACAGUCGUCUGGAAAGCCUCGGAACAAAAAAUCCAACAAGCACCACCCUCCCUCAUCCCACUCGCUGCACUCGCAGCCGGCCCAGACCCCGUCGCCUGCGCCGGCUGCCGCUCCAGCUGCCGCUCCAGCGCCGGCUUCUCCAACUACCCCUGCUGUCGCUGCUGCCCCGGCUGCGCCGGCUGCCCUGGCUACUCCUCCCCCCGCCAGCGCUUCGCCCCAGCCGGUCGCACCCACCCAGAAGAGUCGCCCGGUCUCUCAGAACUUCAGCUUUGCCUCGAUCGCUGCCCAGUCGGUCUCGUCGGCCCCAUCCGGCGUCGCUGCCUCCGCCGCCCCAACAACAACCUCUGCUAAAGAUUCCAACAAACCUACGGCUGCCCCUGUCGCUGAAUCUAAGGCUCCGUCACAGCCGCCGUCGGUCGAGCAGGCAUCGGCUGCUCCGUCGCACACCCCAUCCCACAAGAAGCAGCCCUCUCGGUCCGAGCCCGAAUCAGCGGCUGCAUUGGCUUCCAAGGCUGCACAUGACUCCAAAUCAACAAGCACCAAGGCUCAGCCUACCCCCGGCCAGCCGGGACCCAGCGUCGCUUUCAAAGGAAACCUCAACUCCAAGUUUAGCAAACUCGGUAGGUGCUAGCGGACUCGUCCCUGUGGCAGUCUCUGGAGAGGAACAAUGGGUGCACCGUCCACCAUAU